UCUGUGUGUCUGGCAGCGGCGGACAUGGAGUCCCGUGCCUCCCCGGAGCCGGAGACGGCCGACGUGUUGCCUCAGCACAAGUUCGACUGCAAGGCGCUAGAGGCCUACCUAUACCAGCAUCUGCCGGGCUUUGGGGCCGAGCCCGAGGCCAAGCUGACCGUUGUCCAGUACAGAUCAGGACAGUCCAAUCCAACCUUUUACCUCCAGAAGGGCCUGCAGGCAUAUGUGCUCAGAAAAAAACCACCUGGCUCCCUUCUUCCUAAAGCACACAAGGUACAGCACCGGCGGCCGCGUUGUGUGCUGGUGAACGCGCGAUUUUAUCUGAGCAAAACUGGUCAAGCUGCCUUCAGCGCUGCCAGCGCCGGCCGAAUCUUCCGCGAUUACACAAUUCCCGGAGCCAGCCCUGCAGAACGCUCAGCCAUGUAUGUGGCCAUGAUCGAAACCUUGGCUCAGUUACAUUCCCUGAAUGUACAGUCAUUGCAGCUGCCAGGAUACGGCAGAGGUGCUGGCUACUGCAAACGACAGGUAUCAACCUGGACGAAGCAGUACCAAGCUGCAGCUCAUCAGGACAUCCCUGCCAUGACCCAGCUCUCUGACUGGCUCAUGAAAAACUUGCCAGAGAACGACAAUGAAGAGUGUUUGGUUCAUGGAGAUUUCAAACCAGAUAACAUAGUUUUUCACCCUACAGAGUCUCGAGUUAUAGCAGUAUUAGAUUGGGAACUCUCAACUACUGGUCAUCCUUUGUCAGACUUGGCUCAUUUUUCCAUGUUCUACUUUUGGCCAAGAACAUUUCCAAUGAUGAAUCAAAGUUCUCAUUUGCAAGAAAACAUAGGGGUACCAUCAAUGGAAGAACUGAUUUCAAUCUAUUGCCGCUGCAGGGGAAUUAAUUCUAAUCUUCCUAACUGGAAUUUUUUUCUUGCCCUUUCUUACUUUAAAAUGGCCGGAAUAGCACAGGGAGUAUAUAGUAGAUACCUUCUGGGAAAUAAUGCAGCCGAGGAUAGCUUUUUGUUUGCCAAUAUUGUACAACCCCUGGCACAAACAGGAUUACAACUCUCAAAAAGAACCUUCAGUACAACUCUACCACAGGGUGACGUGACCCGGCAGUUGUUCGCACAGACAAGGAGCGGCCAGGAAGUGCUUCUGAGGGUCAAGCAUUUCAUGAAGCAACACAUCCUUCCAGCUGAGAAGGAGGUAAUUGAGUACUACAUUCACAAUGACAAUUCAGUGGACAAGUGGAGACAACCUAUUGUGAUUGAGAAACUCAAGGAAAUGGCCAAAGCAGAGGGCCUCUGGAACUUGUUUUUGCCAGCACUCAGUGGUCUCAGCCAGGUGGACUAUGCCUUGAUUGCUGAAGAAACGGGGAAGUGUUUUUUUGCUCCAGAUGUCUUUAACUGCCAAGCACCAGACACAGGGAACAUGGAGGUGCUCCAUCUGUAUGGGAGCAACGAGCAGAAGCAGCGGUGGCUCGAGCCUCUUCUCCAAGGGACCAUUGCCUCCUCCUUCUGCAUGACAGAGCCUGAUGUAGCUUCGAGUGACGCCACAAAUAUUCAGUGUAGCAUCCAACGCGACGGAGACAGCUAUGUAAUUAAUGGCAAGAAAUGGUGGAGCUCUGGAGCUGGGAAUCCAAAGUGUAAAAUAUUCAUUGUUUUGGGAAGGACUGAGAAUCCCUCUGCUGACAGACACAAACAACACAGCAUGAUUCUUGUUCCGAUCAAUACACCUGGAAUAAAAGUAGUAAGACCUUUGUCAGUAUUUGGCUAUCUGGAUAAUCUUCAUGGAGGACAUUUUGAGAUCCAUUUUAAUCACGUGCGAGUUCCUGCCACCAACUUAAUACUAGGUGAAGGCAGGGGGUUCGAAAUUGCCCAAGGCCGCCUUGGACCUGGCAGAAUCCACCACUGUAUGCGAGCAGUGGGUGUGGCAGAGCGCGCUUUGGAGAUCCUGUGUGAGCGGGCCACCCAGAGGGUGGCCUUCAGGAAGAAACUGUAUGAACACGAGGUGGUAGCUCACUGGAUCGCAGAAAGCCGACUUGCCAUCGAGCAGAUCCGCUUGUUGACCCUGAAAGCCGCACACAGCAUUGACACACUGGGCAGCGCCCGUGCUAGGAAGGAGGUCGCGAUGAUUAAGGUGGCUGCCCCGCGGGCCGUCUGCAGCAUCAUCGACCGGGCCAUCCAGGUGUGCGGCGGAGCGGGCGUCUCCCAGGACUACCCCCUGGCUCACAUGUAUGCCCUCGCCCGGACCCUGCGCCUGGCAGAUGGCCCCGACGAGGUCCACCUCUCCUCCAUCGCCGCCAUGGAGCUGCGGGACCAGGCCCAGCGCCUGCGGGCCAGGGUGUAGGCAGGCGGCGGCCCUCCCGGGGGGACACGGGGGCGCCAGCCUCUGACCCUCGGGCUUUUGCUGCAGUUUGACAACAGGAUUAUGGACUCAUCUUCGGUAAAGAUUUGAACAUCUUGCUUGAUCAGUGGGUUUUGUUAUUUCCAGGGUUACCUGGGUUUUAGUUAAAUAAGAAAUCCUGUAGCUGCUGUCAUUCAGUCUAGUACCCUAGCUUUUAACAUUUAUUUUUGUAAAACAAUAAAAUUAUAAGGCGCGUGUAGUAGGGAGAAAUAGCGUGGUGAAGCGAGAGGCAGAGGCUUUCGCCAGGAAGCUGGAGAACAGAAAAGAGUCAUUGGAAUACCCUGCAAGAGAGCAGGAGGCAAGGGGACGGCUGCGUGGGGAGAACUUGGGGCUCCCUUUACAACCUCUUUUGAGGGCUUUUUAUGACGAGGGGCGUCGGUCUUUCCAACUGGGACGCUGUCUGCCGGGACAGCGGGUUUCGCGGCCCAUAACCCGAGGUCACCUGCCGAGUUCCCGCUGCCCUGUUUCCCCGGGUUCCCCAUAGCCCCGUUAGCCAGGUGGACCCAAGUCCAGCUUCGUGGCAGCUCUGUCAGUCCCCUCCCUUAUCUGUUUUGUCUCCUAGCACUGUUCAGCUGAGCAAAGUUCAGUGACACCCCGCCAGAGAGCUAAAGCAGAGGCAUGAAAGUAUUCUGAUUUUUUGAUUCUCAGGCACUGAUAUAAGUCAAAAGGGGAUACUUUAAUCACUACUUUUUAAAAAAUACAAUGGGGUCUCCUUUUUUAACACUGGUUAUAGGGCUUGGCGGAAGCUUUCUAGCACUGUCUAUUCUGGGUAAAGAUGUGUGACCGACUGGAUCAGUUCAGGGUUUGUAUCAUUGUAAGUCUCUGCAGAACGCAACAGGGAGCAUUUCUUCAUCAUAUCAGAAUUAAAGUUUACUUUAAUUAAAGUUUACUAGAAAACAUGGCCUGUUAUGAGAAAAUAUAACUGAGAAAAAAUUGCUUAUAGAAUGUUGGUGAGAAGAGUGGACAGUGUAAGCUACCAGGAACUGUGUUAGUUUGGAGGAGGGGUCAGAGAGGGUCAGCUCUGGACACCGUCCUGUCCGACAGUGCCUUCAGGACCCUUCUCUGGGUCCCUUCAGCACUGUCAGGGUGACCACAGCUUGAGCAAUGUGGAAGUGUUUUAGGUUUUUAAUUUUUAAUUCAUUUUAAUCUCAACUCAGCUACCUGAAAAUGUUUAAGCACUCUUGACCACUGUUGGAUAUGUGAAUCGCCUCUUUCAAAUGCAAAUUUUAUGGAAAUAACUAUUUGGACUGAAAAUAUAGGAUCCAAAUGAAGAAAUAGAGUAAGCGUAAAUGAUACCCCAGAUUUUGAGGUCAUAGUAUGAAAAGAAAGUACUUUCAGAAUACUGAAUGUGUGCUGAAAUUCUACUUUUAGAUCUGCUGAAUGAAAUAAAAUAUUAUUAUAAUUA